CUCCUCCCUCUCUCUCUGCAUCGCAGGAAGCUGGUCUCGCCAGGCAGCAAGCCCCCAUGUGAGGGGCGACCAUGAAAUUUAAGUUGGGAAACUAAAACUAUAAGUUUAGUCGAGGUCGAAUGAAAAUGGCACAAGCACGAAAAGCUAUUUUCUGAUGCAUGGCCUGUCCGUCUUUAACGUAGGCCUACAAACUUUGAAAAACAGGAAAGGAGAAAAAAAGAAGUGCUCGUUUCCUACAUUAAACCUCCACUGUUAAGCAGAUUUCAAGACGGAUGUAGCCGAUGGUUUGCAACUAACGUUAACACGAAAAUGGGUUGGUUGUAGGGUAAUUUAACUGCGACGUUUGAUUACGCGACUGUUACUGUGAGACAUCAGUCACAUUUAACCUAAAGGGACCAUCUUUACGUCUGUGUGGAAACGAUUGAUAAAUCUGUGAACAACGUAACAUUAGCUACAUCGAACGAACCGCUGUCAGGCCUCAUAGAUAACUAUUUUGACAUGUUAUCCGGGUUAUGUCAUGCCAGCAGAUUUGGCAUAAGAGAAAGUAAACUUAACCUUAGGGGUAGAUGUUUGCUAGGAAAGACAUUCACAGCUUUCUGUAAGAAGUAACGUUAGGCAAGAUUGCAACGUUAACGUUAGCUGACACUACCAAAGUGAAGGAUGGCAACGAUUUUAACGGCAGAAGAAGAACAGGCUACAAAGCAGUUUCUUGAGGAGAUCAAUAAAUGGACCACGCAGCAUGGUGUUUCACCUCUAUCUUGGGAGGUGGCCAUCAAGUUUCUCAUGGCUCGAAAAUUUGAUGUUUUCAGAGCCAUAGAGCUUUUUCACAGCUACAGGGAAACACGUCUAAAGGAGGGCAUUGUGAGACUUCAACCACAAGAGGAACCUUUGCGUUCAGAACUACUCAGUGGGAAGUUCACAGUUUUGAGUGUGCGGGAUCCUUCUGGGGCUUCCAUUGCCCUUUUCACCGCAAAGUUGCAUCACCCGAGCAAAACUGGCAAUCAUGUUGUGCUUCAGGCACUCUUCUAUCUGUUGGACCGAGCAGUUGAAAGCUUUGAGACUCAAAGGAAUGGACUGGUCUUUAUCUAUGACAUGGCUGGCUCAAAUUAUACCAAUUUUGAGUUGGACCUUAGUAAAAAGAUACUCAACAUGUUAAAGGGGGCGUUUCCGGCAAGACUGAAGAAAGUGUUCAUUGUUGGGGCACCAGUUUGGUUCCGUGUUCCUUACAACCUAUUGAGUCUGCUGUUGAAGGAAAAGCUAAGAGAACGGGUGCAGAUGGUCAAAAUGACCGAUCUUCCUCAGCACCUUCCACGGGACUGUCUCCCUGAACAUUUAGGAGGAAUACUGCCACUGGAUGCUUGUGGCUUGAACAAACAGUUACUAGCAACCCAGAAUGGAAAGUCUGACCCUGUGGAUGAGCUGGUCAGCAUCCCAGUGGAUUGUGUCUCCAUCCACACUGCUGGCCCAGAGGCCUUGAGACUUCAAGACCUGAUGGCCCAUGUGGGGUCGUUGCAGCGAGCUGGCAUCCAUGCAGAGUAUGAGGAGAUACGCAAGGAGCCCCCACCUGGUACUUUCCACUGUGCUCUAGCCGCAUACAAUCAGGACAAGAAUCGGUAUGCAGAUGUUCUUUGCUUAGACCAAACACGUGUUUGCCUCAAAGCCCGAAGAAAUGAGAGAUCAGACUACAUCAAUGCAAGCUUUAUGGAUGGAUACAAACAGAAGAAUGCUUAUAUUGGCACGCAAGGUCCCCUUGAGAGAACAUAUGGGGAUUUCUGGAGGAUGGUGUGGGAACAAAAUGUUCUUGUCAUUGUUAUGACUACAAGGACGGAUGAAGGUGGUAGAAGAAAGUGUGGUCAGUACUGGCCUUUGGAAGAAGGUGGGCAGGAGGUGUAUGGCCACUUUGCAGUAAUCAACCAGAGAGUGGAUAAGCAUUCCCACUAUAAUAAAACCACUCUAGAGCUGCACAACACUGAGAACUGUGAGCAGCGACAAGUGGUGCAUUUCCAGUAUCUAAGUUGGCCAGACUAUGGUGUGCCAACCUCUGCUGUAACACUCAUCGACUUCCUAGCUGCAGUCAAGAGGCACCAGAAGAAUGCUGUAAUUACCAUGGGUACACAAUGGAGUGGACAUCAUCUUGGGCCUCCCGUAGUUGUCCACUGCAGUGCAGGAAUUGGCAGAACAGGUACUUUCUGUGCUUUGGACAUCUGCUUGUCUCAGCUGCAGGAUGUUGGAACGCUAAAUGUGUUUCAGACAGUUCGCCGGAUGAGGAUGCAGAGAGCCUUUAGCAUCCAGACCCCAGAACAGUAUUACUUCUGUUACACAGCCAUUAUUGAGCAUGUUCAAAGACAAGGUUUGCUCAUAGAAAGCCAGUGAUCUCGCCAGAGUUCCCCUCUCACAUUCCACUGGACUAAUAGAAGCUGCUGAAAGCCUUUUUAAGGUUGCUUCAACUACUUUACGGAGCUAAGUGGCAUUUCUUGAAUGAAGAUGGCAGUGAACUGAAAGCGCUUGUUUCAGCGUAAACCUGCAAAUUGGAGGAAUUGGAGUGAAAAUGAUGUGAACUUCUCCUUCACUACUAUAAAGAAAUGUCUACUGUAUCUGUAAUGCUGUGGCAUUGAAUGAUGGGUGGUAUAAUUAUAUGAUUUUCCUUUUAAUGUGUGUUUGUCACACAUGUAACUCUAUACAGGUGAUCAUGUGUUGCUGCUAGCCAUAUGUAUUGAUGGUAAAAUAAUUAUUAAGCAGCUUCCAUUAGUUAAAGGAAGCUUUAGAGCAACACAUCGCCAUAGGCUUUAUUCAUAUUUUUCAUGUACCUCUCAGAAAGUGCCAUGAAUAUCUUUGUGUGUCUUGUUUUUAUUAAACAAUACAACAUCUUUAUUUUGGCACACAAACAGUAUAAUUAGGUUGUUGUAGAAAUUAUUUAUCAGCUGUUCCUGACUCCAUCGAAAUAUAUUGUGGAUUGGAUAUUCCAUUGACUUAGUACAAGGAUAUCCUUUUUCUGAAUUGCUACUUAUUUUAUUUUGUUUCCUUGAAAGAGAAAUGGCCCAAUUUUAACCAACUAUAAUCAACCAUUUAGCCACUAAUUUUACAGAAUAGAUAGUGUCACUGCUAUGUGUUCUGUUAGUCAAAUCACUUAUAUGUUGUACCAAACUCACUCUUUGUUUUCAAGUAUAUGCAUGUUUAAGGACAUUCGCUUUGCUGUAGGUGAAAAUUACACAGCGGAUAUUUAAUCCUCAGUAGAUGUAUACUGUCUAAUGCAAGGUAUAAAAUGAAAUGGGCGUAACUAUAA